AGAGCGCUGCUAGUUCCGUUAUAACCGCAGAGGACGGCGAAACGUCUACGAAAACCUGGGGAAGUUAAAAAAAAAAAACGGUUUAAAAAAAAGUUAGUUGCGCUCUUAGCAUGUUUUCACAUGAAGAAAUCUGUUAAAAAGCGAAGAACACGUUUUUCCCCCCAGUGCGAGGACCCUUCCAACAUCAGAGGCGAUGCGAUGUGAGUGAGCUAUGCCUUUUAGAAAUGGACAGAUUUUAUCCAAGCGAAAACAUGGCGCCUCUUUCCCCAAGUUUGGAUUAUUUUCCAGUCUGCUCUUCACUCUCUGUUGCCUGGAGGCAUGGGGCUGGAGCCCAGCGCACGGGGACGGCGGCAGCGGGAGGAGUUGCGGGAGCCCGUGUCCCGGUAACUGUACGUGUGUUCUUGCACCAGGGUCCCGGGAAUUGUGCGUGGUUAAUUGUACGAACAUCGGUCUGGAGCGGGGACCAGCGGCGGGGGAUCUACCACCGGGAACUAACGUCCUAGAUCUGUCCAGGAACCGUAUCUCAUCUCUGGAACCAAGUCUCUUUGAUCAACUCACCUCCCUACGAGAACUGUAUCUACAGGACAACAGAAUCAGUGUUCUCCCCAGAGGGGUCUUCUGCUCCAGACCCCUGUUCUCUAUACUAGAUUUGAGUAACAACCAGAUCACCACCAUAGAAGAAGAAAUAUGUGAUCAUUUAUUUAAUUUAACAGAAAUUGACUUAAGCAGCAACCCGUUUGUGUGUGACUGUAAGUUAUUUCGUCUGGUGAGCUGGCUUCAGGAGAGGGGAGUGCGGGUGCGUCACCCAGAGAACAUGCUCUGUGUCCAACCGCCUGACCUGAGACACCAACCACUACUCAACGUGUCACUGCUCACCUGCGGUCUGAACUAUGCAGCCUGUCUGGAGGACAGUGACCACAGCGGAGGAGGCAGUGAGCUGGUCAUCUUCUCUUCAUCCACGCCGGGUAACUUCUCCCGGGAGGAGUGUAACUCUGUGUGUUACGGGGCCUCCCAACGCUACGGGGGCCUGGGGGCCCGGAGGGAGUGUCUCUGCAGCACCAACUAUGAACCCAACCGCAUCAGUGAAGCUCAGUGCUCUGCUGCCUGCACCAAGCCUCACGUCAUGAAGGAAUGUGGUUGGACGUUGGCCCAUGACGUCUUUGUGGUGGACUUCGCUGCGUCUCUCCCUCCUUUCCCUCCCGUCAGCGUCCACUCCUCCGCUCAUCUGUCUAUCCUCUCUUCGGUGACCCCUGUCACCCUCUCCUGGGACUUCGGUGACCUUUCACCCCGGGUCAACGCUACGGAAACGGUCGACAUGACGACGCGUCAUAAAUACGCCGUCCCUGGGCGCUACCCUGUCAGUGUCACCGCCUGGGCCGGACCCAAGGAGGUGUGUGCACGCAGGGAGGUGAGAGUGACUCUGCCCCCUCGGUUGGAGCUGCACUGCCCAAUGCUGACCGUAGCCAAUCAGAGCCUGGCGGUAAGACUGGUCAGCUGGGGGGGCGAGGGCGUGGCGGUGGACUGGAGGAUCACUAAGGACGGACAGGAGGCCGCCAGAGCCACUCCAUACUGUCCCAGGGAUGCAGUGUUCCAAUGCAGUGUUACGGACUCGUCCCAGUGCUUCCAGUUGGUUCCAGGGGAGUUCAGCUGGUCCGAGGCCAGGCGACAGUGCUCCUCUACAGGGGGAGACCUGGCCGUGGUCCGCACUGACCCGCUACGCAGACGGCUGGCCGACAGAGUCACACAGUGUGUGGUCUCUACCCCCUACAGGGAGCGUAGUGUUUGGAUGGGUCUCAGUGACGUGGACUCUCCAGGCUCGCUGCGCUGGGUGGACGGAUCGGAGGCGCUGGAGGGCGAGGGCGGAGGGAGAGACCGGGCUACGCUGGUUCGGGGGAAAGUGUGUGUGUCUCUAGACCACACAGCUCUGCCCAGCUCACACCCCUGCAGCACUAAACGGGCCUACGUCUGCCAGUACAGCCCCCAAGUGCGUGUUCCUGAUGCGGGGGUGUACCUGGUGGGCUUGGCUGUUUUCCCCACCCACAGACCUCUCUGUAGCCCCGCCCCCACACCGCUCUCCUCGCCUGAACCACCAGCCAGGAGCGUAGAGCUCCUGUUGUUCCCAGCGUUGGGGUUUGUUCAGGCAGGUCGUGUGUCAUCUGUAGAGUUCAUCUGUCAGGAGCUGUCCUCACACACUCAGCUUGUCCUACAGAUCUACAGACCUCACUGUGGCCAGCACCCUGGACUAACCCUGCUGCUGCCUGGAUGCGGUGGUCUCCUAUGUCAUCCUGUGGCUCUGUGUGUCUCCAUGGAGCCCAGCACCUCCACCCCUUUACCAUCCACGUCCUGCCCUCCUUCCCAGCAGUGGUGCCCCUUCCUGGGCCGCUGCCUGCCCCUAGCCAGCCCCUGCCACCCUGGAUCCUGUGCCAACUGUACCCAGGCAGACACUCUGCCACCCGGGGCGCUGCGUCCCAGCUACAGCCUGGUGGAUGAGGUGGUGGUUACACUGCCUGCUGGACCUGUUACACACAUACUGGUGAGGGAGUGUGUCGAGGACCUGCUGGUCUCCCCCGGCGACAUCAUCGGCCUGCAGCACGACGCCGGCCCCGCCUCCCUGCUCCGCUGCGACCCUUCACCCCAGUCGCCGUGGCGACAGCCAAUCCUGGCCCUCAACCAAUCUGACUGGCUGUGGGCCAACUCCAACCAAUCAGAAGGUUCCGUGGACCUGGACCAGAGCGUUGAAAUAACCCUGGAGGAUGUUCGAGGAGGAGUCUGGGCUGCGGACGUGGUCUGCCCGAUCAGGGUGCUCUACGUUGGGCAUAGUGAGACCCAGCUACAGGGGUCUCAGCUCUCCUCCGGCCUCCCCCAGCCGGGGCUCUAUAGCCUGGAGGUGACCUCCGACGACCCUGCCUUCCCUGUCAUGGCGUCAUGUCCCAUCCGCGUGGUCCCUCCCCUGGGCCUCACCGUCCUCCACCCCCCCUCUCAGAACGGAACCUACUACUUCAGGCCCAACCAGACGGUGGUUCUGCUCCGGGUCCACUCCCAAUACGGAGCCAAAGUCCACUGGCAGGGAAGCAACCAGAGUGUCCUCUUCCAGGACCACUGCCCCCCUGACUUCCUGCCCACUGUGGGGGAGUGUAGAGGGGCAGGCAGGGCAGGAGAACCAGGGAGAGGCGGGGGGAACCAGAGCCACAGUCUGUUUGCGGUGAUAGAUCUGGGGCUCGGGGAGGAGAGGGGGCCGGUGGUGGUGAAUCUGUCAGCACACAGCGAGGUGACGGAGGCCAGACUCAGCCUGUUGGUCGGGGUGGAGGAACCUCUGAGAGGUCUGGUGGUCCAGCCUCAUCCCAGACACAGAGUCCUCAUGGAAUCAGUCGUGAGCUAUACUGCUGCUGUAGAGGGAGGUUCCAGCCCAACCUUUAAAUGGACAGUGGAUGAUAAGCCCUACUUCACCUACUACAACACCGUGCUGAACAUCAUAUACCAGAACCCAGCUGUCUACAAACUAUCGGUGACGGCGAUGAACCAUGUGAGCAACCUGACGGACCACUUCAACGUGACGGUCGACCGUAUGAACCCCAUGGUCAACCUCACGGUCACCGGCGUGCCUGGCGUGGUCACGCAGGGCUCGGACCAGUUCCUGACCACCUCCGUGGUCCUGGAUGUGUCCGUGGACGCCACCUUCCGGUGGUCGUUUGGAGACGGAGGUUACCAGGAAUAUGACUUUAAACCUCCCUACAACACCUCCCUGUACCCUCCCCUACCAGACUCCCCUACACAGGUGCUCCUGCCCAACAAAGUCAAGUACAAGUACCAACAGCCAGGAGUCUACACCGUCCUGGUGUCUGUGUCUAACCAUUACGAGAACAGAACCCAGCGCAUCGACAUGCACGUAUACAGUGUCCUUACCCACGUCGACAUAGAAACAGAGCCCCGCCUCCUCCAGGCCGGCCAACCAGCAGCUUUUGAGGCUCACGCCUUGCCCUCGGCCUAUGGCAUCGUCUAUACGUGGGAUUUUGCUGAUGGCUCCCCCUCCAGAGAGGGGCCUCAACGUCGCGUCAACCACACCUACGGGGUCGGCCACAGUGGCGUCCAUAAUGUGUGUGUGUCCGUGAAUAAUACCAUCAGCUGGACGAAGGCCUGCGCUGAGAUGUUGGUGUACGAGGAGAUUAAAGGUUUAACGGCGACCUCCUCCGCCCCGACCGAGCUCAACACCCCGACGACGGUCUCUGCACACCUGGAGGCAGGUAACAACGUCACCUGGAGCUUCGACAUGGGCGACGAGUUCCUGGUGACGACGGCGGGUUCCGAGGUUCCGCACACCUACGUGAAAGACGGGAACUACACGGUAAACGUGACGGCGCGGAAUGCGGUGAGCGCCCGCUGGACCCUGGUACCUGUCCAGGUGUUCGUGCUGCAGGUGGUGAGGCUGGAGCCGGCGGGCUGUGUCCGGGAGCUGACACAGGUCGACUUCCAGGCCUUCGUUUCGGGGAAUGCCUCUUCUCACCUGUAUGAGUGGAGCUUCGGGGACGGGACCCCAAACCAGACACACCUGGGCAGCCCCAGGAUCAGCCACUCCUACGGGGGCAGCGGGGACUACCACCUCUCCCUGCUGCUGUCCAGCGGCGUCAACAAGGCCAACUUCUUUGCGUGGGUUUGUGUCCAGCCGGCGGUGUCCAACGUGACCCUGACCCCAGAGAAGUGCAACUUCAGACUGGGGGAGGAAAGCCGGUUCAGGGCCAGCGCCCUGCCAGACUUCGACUACACCUACCUAUGGGAUUUUGGGGUGAUUGAGGACUCUACACCUGUCCAGGGCCAUUCGGACAUGGUGUUCACCUAUAAAAACCCUGGUCAGUACUUGGUGACGGUCACUGUGUCCAACAACAUCUCCUGCAGUAACGACAGCGUCCUGAUUCAGAUCCAGCGGCCGGUAGGACUGGUCCUGAUCCAACAUAACGGGACUAGAUCCAAUAACCUGACUCUGAGGGAGGUGUACCUCUUCACCACCUCUUCGCUGGCGCCUGCCAGCCUCUACACCUGGGAUUUCGGCGACGGAACGCCCCUCACCCCCGGCCCGAACGCGACACACGCCUACAACGUCUCUGGAGUCUUCAAUGUCACGCUGACGGCGGCGAACCCGGUGAGCAGCAACCACACCCAGGUUGCCGUGGCGGUCCUGGCACCCAUCCGCGGCCUGGUGGUCAACGCUGAUCGGGUCAACGUCCCCAUAAAUGCCACAGUCAACUUCAAGGCUCACCUGGAGGAAGGCGAUGGCGUGCGGUUUUCGUGGAACCUGUGUGACGGCUGCACGCCCAGGCUCCAAGAAUGGAAGACUCAUUACACCUUCCGGUCGGUGGGGACGUACAACGUCAUCGUCACGGCAGAGAGCGACGUGGGCUCAGCCCAGGCCAGCGUAUACAUCUAUGUGCUGCGGGAGCUGGAGGGGCUGCAGAUCCAGCCUGAGGAGGAGAUGGGGGGCGAGGGGGGGUGCUGCUACGCUACGAACCGUGUGCUCCACCUCCAGGCCGCGCUGAGGGAAGGGACCAACAUGUCCUUCAGCUGGAACCUCCUCAGGGAGUUGGCGCCAGUCAGCACUGCGCUCAACCUCAGCGGGAAGACCAUCCCGGUCAACUUCUCCACCCCUGGUCCCUGUGACGUCUUCCUGCGGGCCACCAACCUCCUUGGAACGCUUGCGGUGAACAGAACAAUCCAGUUCCUCGAUCCGGUUGGAGAGCUGUACCUGGAGACCAGCGUCAACCCUGUGGCGGUCAACUCCUCCACUAACCUGACGGUGUUGGCCAGUAAAGGCUCGGACCUGCAGUACCGGUGGUCGGCUGAUGAGGGCGCUCUAGGCUGGAAUGAGCCCUCUGUGGUUCAUCGGUUCACUGUUCCAGGAAUGAAGGUCGUUACUGUGGAAGUGUCCAAUGAGGUCAGCGCCGAUACGGUGUCCAAGUUCAUUGACGUCCAGGAAGUGGUAACAGGAGUUACGUUCUCUGCGACUAACGUCACGGAGCAGAACUUUGUGGCCACCGGCGUCAAUGUCUCCCUCCACGGAGAAUUAAGGACCGGCACCAACGUAUCUUGGACCUGGCUGUUGCUGGGCAGAACAGAAAUGGGACGGAGGGUGUCCCACGUUUUCCAGGAUCCAGGGCCGUUCACCGUUAUGCUAAACGCUACCAACGACGUUAGCGGCGAGGCGUUUUCCAGAGAGUUGACGGUACAGGAUAAGAUUCAGGGGUUGGAGCUGAGGGCCAGUAAGAGGAUCGCGGCGGUCGGGGAGAGGGUGGAGUUUACCAUCGCCAAGGCGUCAGGGACGAACGUGAGCUUCAUCCUCAGCAUCAGCGGAGACUCGACCCUUUUCGGCCUCAACCAGACCUACGUUCACCAGUUCAGCCGGGUCGACACCUACAUGGUAAACCUGACCGCACACAACCAGGUGAGUUCUGAGCGGCGCCACCUGCAGGUGGAGGUGAUGGAGCCAGUGAGCACGCUGAGUAUCCUGGACUGCUGUGACGCCGCCAUGCCUGUGGGCGUCAAGAAGACCUUGGUAGCCGACAUCCUGACAGGAAACCCGGUGACCUUCCUGUGGACCUUUGACCUUAACCACCUCCCCCUUCCCCACAUCGGGAAGGAGGUGACCUACAUCCCCGACCAGGCCGGGUCACUCACCAUCUACCUGAGGGCAUUCAACUUGCUCAACGGCCAGAACAUCACCAAGCACAUCCAGGUGCAGAACGUUCUGACGGAGGCCCGGGUGGAGGCCCGGCCCAGAGACACCUUCAUCAACAAGACGGUGAUGCUGAUGGCGGGCGUCACGCCUCAAUCCACACCCGUUACCUUCCUCUGGGACUUUAGGGACGGCUCUGCGCCCCUGCUCUCCGCCACCUCCUCUGUUGAACAUGUGUACGCGUUCCCAGGUCAAUACCUGGUCCAGGUGAACUGUAGUAACUUGGUGAGCUGGGUGGUAGCCAGGGUGGAGGUGACCAUCAGGGUGUUGGAGUGUGAGGAGCCAGAGGUUCAGGUAGUCCAGGCUCCUAGGCUAGCCAUCUGGCGCUACCAGCCCACCCUGGUGGAGGCUAGCGUGGACCUGAAGGCUUGUAUCCGCUACGGAGCCCAGUACCUCUGGGAGAUCUUCUCCACCCCGCACUGCAACUACGACCAUUCGGUGGCAGCACCUCUGGCCUCUAAGAUCCCUCUCCCGGGGGAAGUAGACGUGCGACGGCUGCAGCUCUCGCUGCCCAAGAUGGCUCUGCGUUCGGGGAACUACUCGCUAGUGUUCUCCCUGUCCUACCAGGGGGUUCCCCUGAGGAAGGCUGCCUGUCUACAGCUAACCGUCAUGGCCGCCCGCCUGGUUCCUAUCAUAGAGGGAGGCACCUACAGGGUGUGGUCCAUGACCCAGGACCUGCAGCUGAGUGCUGAGCAGAGCUAUGACCCCAACAUGAGCCUGGACAACCAGUCACUACUCCACUACCACUGGGACUGUGUCACCACCUCCAAGGGGCCAUCGUACUGUUCCAGUCUGAACUUUGGUCUGGGGUCCAGUGGUCCUGUCCUGGGUAUCCCUGGCUCUGAGCUCCAGGCAGAUGUAGAGUACACCUUCAGACUGACGGUCCACAAGGAGGGAAUGGCCCCAGAGUCUACUGCACAGACCGUGCUGGUCCAGAGUGGUCGUAUCCCCAUGGUCUACCUGGAGUGUGUCUCUUGUAAGGCCCGGUCCAUCUUCGAGGUCAGUCAGAACUCCUAUGUCUACCUGGCUGGAACCUGCACCAACUGUCACCACUUCCACCGCGGGCAUUGGACGGCAGUCACCCUUCGUAACGAGACCCUGGUCCUGGACUCCAGCAGCACAACAACCGGACGUGACAGUAUGAACCUGGUUCUCCGCCAGGGCUUCCUGCAAGACGGAGACUCCUACGUCUUCACCCUCCAUGUAACCGACGGCAACAUGGACCGCGAGGGCGUGGCGUCCAUCACGCUACAGCCCAACAUGCCCCCGGCGGGCGGGGACUGUGACCUGCGAGUGGGGGGAGGAGGAGAGGGGGGACCAAUCAGAACACUGGUGGACAGGGUGUACUUCAACUGUUCAGGUUACAGUGACCUGGGCGUGUCAGAGACCCCUCUCCUGUAUAGCCUGUUGGUGACUCGCUGCAGUGACAUGCACUGUGAGGAGUUCUGUGUGUAUAAAGGGACCAGUCCAGAGCACUCUGCCUUCCUGCCCCCCGGGUUCAGAUCAGGUCGAUACAGGGUGUCAGCAUCCAUUACUGUAGAAGACCACCAGGGGGCAGCAAUCACCGCUCUCAACAAGUCUGUGGAGGUGGUUCUUCCAGACAGUCCUCCAGGCUACAGCAGCCUGCCCCACUGGCUCAGUGAGCUGACCUCCACCACACUCAGAGAGCUACUGAAACAGGGAGACUCACAGAGGGUCAGAGAGCUGUCCCUGGCCCUGAUCACUGUUCUCAAUGAGUAUGAGCAGACCCGUGAGUCACCGAUAGUAUCCAGGGCGGAGCGCGGUUACCGGGUCAUCGUGCGUAGUGACAUCACCAGAGCUCUCACGGCCCUCGACCUGACUACAGUUAACGACAUACAGCAGACCUCGGCUGCCCUGGCACAAUGCACG